AAAGAAAGAAAAGAAAAGGUUGAGCAAGAGAAUAGGAAAUAUGUGGGCGUUGAUGAGUAAGAAGCCAUUUACUUUCCCUUGUUGUUAGCCCUUUUUUUUUCUUUUUUUGUGGCCAAAACAUUUGAUCACAUAUUCAAUUCUUUUUCUUUUUUUAAUUUUUUUUUUCUUUUUUUAUUUUUGUGGCACCAUUAAAAGGCCUCAUGAAAUUCCUUGAAAAACACAUCAAACUCUCACUCAAGCUCACUUUUUUGUCUAUGUCAACAUAAACCCAACGCACCUCAGAAACCAAACCGCCCUUCUCUUUCAUCUCUCUCUCUCUCUCUCUCUCUCUCUCUCUCUCCUGUCGUUUUGGCUACAUCAAUUCAAUGUAAAACACCCCUCUUUCUCUCUCUACUAUGUAGCAUUGUAAGAGGCAAUUUUAUUUAAUUAUUUAUAAUUAUUACAUAUAUUUUUAAUGUAUAUGCAAUGUUUGUCAGCCAAAGUUCAAACAAAAUACCUUUGAUUUUGAGGCCCAUUUCUAAUCUCUAUGUUUCUUGAAUGUUAUUUUGCUCCCUGAAUCAAAAAAAAAAAAAAAAAAAAAGAUUGCAUUUUUAUUUAUGUUCUAGCGAAUCUUGACGAUUUUGAGCUGUCUGAGAAGAACCCAUUUGGAAUUUGCAUCAAAGCCUCUAUAUCAUGGAAGGGGAAACAUCAUGGGUGAGUCAUUGCGUCGAAAACUUCCCGAACCCAACCACAGGGUUCAACUCAUUCUCCGAACUCACCGAAGAAUCCAACAAAGAAGAAUCUUCCGGAAUUUCCAUGGAUCUAAUCUUACCCAACGACCUUUUGGAAAAAAUACUAGCCAAUCUCCCAAUUGCAAGCAUUUUCCGAGCAAGCUCUGUCUGUAAACGAUGGAACGAGAUAGUAACAUCAAAAAGAUUCGCUUUUUACAGUUCUAACGCAUCGCCACAUAAGCCAUGGUACUUCAUGUUCACAAGCUCGGACGAACCAGUUGGCUACGCAUACGAUCCAAUCUUGAGAAAAUGGUACAAUAUAGACCUCCCAUGCAUCGAGACAUCUAAUUGGUUCAUCGCAUCAUCGUACGGUCUCGUUUGCUUCAUGGACAGAGACACCACGAGCCGCCAGCUGUACAUCUGCAACCCGAUUACCAGAUUAUGCAAACGGGUCGACAACCUGCCCGGCCCGAGUUCAUCCGACUACACUGCAUUGGCUGUGUACGUGGACCGCGGGACCCGCGAGUACAAUAUCUCAAUCGUGAAAUCGAGGCAGGUUCCGGAUAAUUUCGUCCAAUGGGAUCUCACCCUUCAUUUGUACAAUUCGAAAUCGACGGCGUGGACCACUCUUCUGACGGAGAAUCUGACAGGGUGGCGAGGUGGCGACGAGAGCGUGAUUUGCGAUGGGGUUUUGUACUUCUUGAUCUACCCGACAGGUGGCGGUGGACCCCACAACCAGCACGGUGUUAUUACGUACGACCUUAAAAAGCGGGACCCGCAUGGGUUAUUAAUGAGGAGCUUUGUACCGGUGCCUUGUUCGCUCACGUGCGGGCGAUUGAUGAGUAUGAGAGAGAAUCUUGUGAUGGUGGGUGGAAUAGGGAAGAGGGAUAGGCCGGAUAUUAUUAAGGGGAUUGGUGUGUGGACGCUCGAGGGUAGAGAGUGGAGGGAAAUAUCGAGAAUGCCACACAAGUUCUUCCAAGGGUUUGGUGAGCUGGACGAUGUUUUCGCGAGUAGUGGGAGCGAUGAGGUGGUGUACAUACAGAGUUACGGUGCACCCGCGCUUCUUGUUUUCGAUGUGCGUCACAAGGUGUGGAAGUGGUCAGGGAAGUGUCCGGUGACUAAGAGGUUUCCGCUGCAGCUUUUUACGGGCUUUUGCUUCGAGCCGAGGCUGGAUAUUGCUCCAUAAAUUCGAAGCUCUUUUUUUUUUCUUUUUUUUUAAUUUUAAUCUAUUGAUGUUUUUUGGUUUUAAUAAGUAUUUUUGAUAUCGAAAAUUCAAUUGGGUUGGAUAUGAAUGGGUUGAUCCUUCUUUGUUCUUUGACAUUGCAUUUCUUUAA